AAAGUAUGUCAAAAUUAAAAAAAAAACAAAUGGCGGAUGAUUGAAUGAAUCUGAAACGCCGCUUUUGUACAACUAAAGUUUUAAUUACUUUUAUUUUAUUGUAGUUGAGAAAGUGAGUCUAUAUUUUAUUGAAUUAAAUAACUUUUAGUGGUAACUCAUAACAAAAUGUCGCGCUCGGUGCGUGCCGAAACUCGCAAUCGUGUAAAAGAUGACAUCAAAAGAGUAAUGCAAGCUGUCGAAAAAGUUCGCCAUUGGGAGAAAAAAUGGGUGACUAUCGGCGAGACGACGAUGAAAAUUUACAAAUGGGUUCCAAUAUCAAGUAACGAGCAAAAGAAGAAACACGCGGCGAAAAGAGAGAACAAGGAGAAUACAUUAACUCCGAAGAAGACUCACGACUCCUCGAACUCAAAUUUCGGAAUGGCGGAAGAUUCCAACACAUGUUUUUCAACAGUAAGUGACUCACAGGGUCCCACAGAGUUCACAUCAACUACAAUGAACUUCUCAGAAGACUCCAACUCGCAGAGCAGCGGUACCACAACACCAGCAAAACGGUUAAAAACUGACUGAGAAAUGUUUAAGAAUUUAGUUAAAGUGCUACGAUAAAGUUAAGGACAGUAUUGUUGCAAGAGAAGCUUCGAACGGUGUCAAUACUGUUUUGUAUGUAGACAUUUGAUACCAUUAUAGGUGCCGUAUAGUACAAUGUAGAAGAUUUUGUAUGCAACGGAGUGACUUAGUGUAAUAUACAGCAUGGACCUUUGAUGACAGACCUAAAGGAGGUCUGGAUAUUAGUCGAGGUUCGAGGCCUUAAUCUAGAUAAAUGUAAAACGGAACGUGUGACUGAUGAUUAAUUUGCAAUAGCAUUUGUGUAAUGUUUUUUAAAAUAUAUUUUACGGUGACUACAUAAAGCAAUAAUUUUAGUUUAAGAGUGCCUGUAGGCGAUAGCGUUCAAGGUGCGUUGAAUUUGUGCAGCAUACAUGCAAUUUUUACUAGAUUAGCUCAAAACUAUGAGUACCAUACUAGAUAAUAUUACUAAACUAUGACAUAAUAUAUAAUGUGGCUCACUUUAAACAAAUAAAAUUGCUGAAAAUGUACAAUUGUAAAACUUGUGUAAAUCAUUGAGCUAUAAUGCAUAUCCCAGUACAAAGUCAGUGCAGUAGACGCGCGUUGAACGCCCGUUAUGAACAUAGCCUAAUUUGAAUGAAAAAACUACAUACAAUAUUUUACUCCCAAUUUGAGUAUUGAUAUGUCUUGCUAUUGGCUAGAGAAAGCAGUCUUUCUCAAUAGCCAGAUGUGUGUAUUUAUGUGGUGUGUUUGUAUUGUAAAUAAUUUGACAUGAUUAGAUUAAUACUGAAAGUAUGAGUUCUAAUUUUAGGUUUAUUUGUAGAUGUAGCCGUUGCAAUGAACAAAGCGGUGUUUUUAUAACUCAACCAGAUACCCUGACAAUUAUAGUUGUGUUGUACUACUGCCUAUUAAUGGCUAAUUCAAAAGAAAUAAACAUAGUUAUCGCAAUUUUUGUAUGGAUAGCAAAAAUUUACCAAUCAAAGAAGCUUGUUUGACAUACUUACAGAGAACUUCUUGUGAUUGGUUUAUUUUUCAGAUCAGCUGUUAAACAAAUUAUAUGCGCUUAUUAUUAUUACACUUGUUUUCAAUAUUAUUGGCUUCAGAUCAGCUAUUAAGGUUAUAGCUUAAGGUCCAUUUUUCAUACAUUUUGUUUCACCUUUAAUCUGGGUAAAAAAUUUAAUAAAAAAUUUAAUACGACGAAAUUUUAAAGGCCGAAAUAUCCAUGCAUAUUAAUUAUUUUUACGUUUUUCUUUCAACUGCGAGAACUAAUCACUAACUAGACGUGAAUUUAAAUUCUUUACUUGUCAAUACUUGUUUAGUUACCCAGAUUAAAGGUGAAACAAAAUGUAUGAAAAAUGGACCUUAAGCUAUAACCUUAAACAAAUAUGUUUUUAUUAUUAUUAUGUUUGUCCUCAAUAUUGCAGAUUAUAUUGUCUGCUAAAUAGUUUUUUAUACAAUUUUAAUGUACUUACGAAAUUUAAGACAAUAGGGUCUCUCUGGUUGGGGAUUUUAUUAAUUUUAAUUUUACAAAAUGAUAUUUUAUUGAAAUUGUUUUAUUAGUGAAUAAUAUGAAUAGCUGCGCGACUCAAUGCAACUUAAUUUGAAUCUAGAGACUGUCUUAUAUUUAUGCCGCUGUGUAUAGUUGAAAAUGGUUUAUGGGUUAUAAAAAAAACGAAAAGAACUCAAUUUCAUGCCCUUAAAGAAAAUUCGUUAUUGAAUUCACUUUUGUAUUAAUUUCUUGGGCUACAUUAAUUCAAAUGAAAUGGACUCUAGCUUAAAAUGCUUUUCAAAAAUAAAGUAUGUGAAUGAGGAAUUGGGGUAGCGGCGCACAAUUUUGUUUUGUGCGCCCUCAUCAUAAUUUAUACAGAAUGGCAUAAAUGGACCGAGCUUUAGCGUUAUUUAUAAAUAAAUUAAUUGUACAAUAAUUUUAUUAAUUGUAAUAUAUUGGUAAUAAGAUAAUAAAUGAAUGAGAACA